AUGGCAUCCAAAUACUUUCUGCAGGAAGCUUCAACAUCUAGUCCCUUCAGUUCCAAAAAACAGCUCAUUUACAAGGGACUAGAUGUUGAAGCUUCCUGCAGAAAGUAUUUGGAUGCCAUUGCUAAAAAGCUUUCUCUCUUUUACCAGUUCAAAUGGGGACAAGAUAACGACAGUAAUUAUCCAACUUUCGGGGAUGUGCUGUUUGCUUACCAAACGAACGCUUGGGAUUUUAUAUAUCGCCGACAAUCAUACGCUGAAAGAACAGAUGAAUCUGAAUUUACUCAAGUUUCUACUCGAGCUCCUAUUCUUCCAGUUCGUCUGCCUGAUCUGUUUGAUGCAGAUGAGUGGAAGCAACUGCAAGAAUGGAACCAAAAAACAGACAUCAGAAUUCACGAUGCAAAAUUACGACAAACAAGCUCCGGAAAAGAUAUUAUCAUUAUUCCUCACGAUGACUACAACCAAACAACAAUUUCUUUUUUCAAAACAAUCGGUGUCAAGGCACAGUUGUAUAUUGAUGAAAGCAAGUUGGAAGUGAAAGAUGAAAGUGAUUUGUCUUGA